CAUCAGCUCUUCACAAUCUUUCAGGGACUGAACAUCUAUACAGAAUGGCGAGUACCGUGAGAUCCUGGACCGUGCUGGCUGCCCUUAUGCUUUGUGUUAUAGUGUGUCUGAGCAGUAUGGCUGAAGCUUACCCACCCAAACCAGAACCUCCAGCUGGAGACGUGGGUCCAGAGGAGAUGGCCAAGUACCACACCGCACUCAGACACUACAUCAACCUCAUCACACGACAGAGAUAUGGGAAGAGGUCCACUUCUGAGGCCGCUGUGGCUGAGCUGCUCUUUGGAGAUGAUGAGCAGGAUGUCAGGCCCCGUAUGGAAGACAGCUUGUUAUGGUGAUGCUACUCCUCUCUCCUCUGUGGAUGGUGCACUGACUUUCUUCCUUUAUCCAUCCAAUCUCUAUGAUAAUAAACAAGUUUACCGAACAGCAGAAACCAGCAUGAGCUAAACCCUCAUUAAAAUGAGGACUCUGAAAUCACCUCUUGAUCUGUACUUAUCUCACUCUCCCUCUUCCUCUCUUAUGGUUUAUUAAAUGACUUGUGAAAAACAAUUGUAAAUAAUUUAUUAUUCUCUACAAAAAGAAAUGGACAAUAAUAAAGAAUAAUUAA